GGCACAAAGUCCUCGUGCAGGUAUCCUGGACAGUGCAGCUGAGCGCGAGUCGCGACUUUCAUAGGAGCUCGAGGAGCAGAAGGUGCACGAGAGGAGGACCAGGAUUAAAACCGAGUAAGACACAACAAUCUGCUAUCCCAGCAUAAGUAGGGCACUAAGAUGCCCAAAAGCGAUACCUGGCCAGGUGGCACUGGACUGGACACAAUGACUGGCAUGGACAGCGCUGGAAGCUGCGACAGUGUUGUCAGUGCCAAUUCUGGCUUUAGUGAUGACAGUCUGGAGCACCUUUCUGCUGAAGAGAAGGCUUGUCUCAUGUUUUUGGAGGAGACUAUUGAGUCUUUAGAGACUGAAGAGGACAGUGGACUGUCCAAUGAUGAACCUGACCAACUGCCCAGCUCUGGCAGCGUAGCAGACAAAGUGGCCGACCUGUCAGCCUCCAUGAGCAGAAGCACACUCAACAGCUCACCGAAAGAUGCCCCUACAGAACCUCCAAAGAAAAAUAUAAACACAAAACUUGGGCACAGCUACCUGGUUCCUACACCUUUUGUUGUAGCAAGCACCUCCCUGUGUUCUGCAGUCCCAGCUAAAUCUGACCUCCCUCCACACAGCUCCAAACAAAAGUUAACCCCCUCGGGUACCAAAGCUUGUUUCCAGCAAAACCAGAAACCUGGUGUUCCCCAAGCACCUUUAGAGGUUGAUGUUGUGAUACCUCCUCCUACCAAACCAAGGGACCAGUCAGUUAGACCAGCUGAGGGGCCCAGAGGACCUCUGUCCUAUGAUGCACUUGUUCAUCUUCGGAGGAGUGCAUCCACAAAGAAGACCCCUUUAUGUCCCACAGUUGAUCAUACUAUAGAUCGGCACCCUCCAGCCAUAACGGAGGAAACUCAACCAAACCUUGGAAAUCUGUCAAGGUCUGACAGAUUCCAUUCAGAGGCUUUCAAGCCCAAGACAGGUCCUCCAGCAGUGCCCCCCAAACCCAAAAGGAUUCCUGCAAAUAUAUCUGUUAAAACACAAAAUGGAGCGGGCAUAAAUUCAGAUUGUUCAUUCAGCGUGAGGCGUGUAACAGAGUCCGAGGUCGUUCGACAGGAAGCUUUGCAGAAGCUGGGCCUCGUCAAAGAGGCAGAAGUCCAGCGGUCACCCCCUAAAUCACACACCUCUUCAGACCCAGUGGCUAAGAAACAUGUCAAAGCUCCAUUUAAUGUUAAUCCAUCAAGGAGUCCGUCUUUUUGUCAUUCUCAAGUGUCCACGGAGCCCAAGACGAGGACUCUGCAGAGCAGCGCCAGCUUCCACCACUACUCCAGGCAUGACCAACAGGCUGCCUCCCAUCCUGCACACAUGAACAGACUAAAGACAGCUGUUCUGGAGCACUCUGCUACAGUGGACAGCCACAGAAAUGGUGGAUCCUGCUCUGAACCGCAGCAUGUCAUGACAACAGAAAAGCCUGGGAAAGCGGCGACUACAGCUCAGCCCGUUCCCCCUAAACCCUCCAACUCAGUGGGAUAUACAGUGAUGGUGGUUCCAGGGAUGGGAGCGGAUCGAAAAGAGGCACUCAGGAAACUUGGGCUGCUCAAAGAGUCCAGCAAAUAAACAGCAGAAGCCACGUGCCUAAAUGCAGAGCUCAGAAGUUCACGAGCACCAUCAGAUUAAGGAGAGUUAGAGCAUUAAGCGUGGUUUUGGCACUUGGCACUUUGGCAAAUGAAAGCACAAGAAGAGGACGGAUUUAAAGGAACAGCACCAGCACUGUGAUGUGUAGGUUUGGUGUUGGGUUUACACAGAGGCAGGUCUUCUUCACCACUGUUCUUCUAUAGAUUUCAAAGGUAUUUGAAAUGCAAAUCCAGGCUGUUGUGUUUGAUAUGAUUCAACAUGAUACUGCUGUCGUACAUGGACCAGUGGUGAUGACAUAAAAUAGCAAUGGUGCAAAGUAACAAAAACCUAUGACAAUAGUGAUAUUACUUGUGCUGUAGAUAAAAGCUGUUUGUUAAAAUCAUUGGGAUAUAUUAUUAGGCAAUGUCUGCAUACACUAGAUAUUCAUAACUAACCUAAAUUCUCUGUCCAAAAUUAAUAAUAGAAAAUGAAUAGCCUUGGUCUUUGGAAAAAUCACAUUUCAGAUUGAUGGUAACAUUAUUUCUGUUAACCUUGGUCCUCUUUCAUCAUUUUGUAAAUAGCAUACUCUUCUACUUGGAAAAAACAGCCCAUAUCAACAGAGUUUUAACAUCAUUCAGUUUUUUAAUCGACAAAUGUGCCUACACUUUCCACGGAGCAGCGUCUGCAAAAGCUGCUGAACGGAUGUCGUUCAUGAUCAUUUUACAACAAAACUGGAGUGUUUUGGGUUGAUUUUUCAGGGUUUUUUAAGUAGCUUUUUAUAGCAAUGUUAUUUCCACAAAUAAAUAGCUUGCCCAUUAUUCAGCUGUGUGUCUGUCGGCAGGAUCAUGCACUUCUUAAAUAAACUUAGAGAAAUGUGUAGGUCAAGGACAAACCCUUUAAAUUUUAGUACAGAUUCCUUUUUCUGACAGUGUGAGAUUGGGGCCUUGGCAGACGGAUGCACUCCAGAGAGUUUGUACUCUUAUUUUUUUUUUACAGUUUAUUUCAUGUAAAAUGGUUUUAAAAUGUU